GUGUGUGUGUGUGUGUGUGUGUGUGUGUAUGCGCGCGAGCGAGCGGCACAAUCUGGCAGCGAGGCGGCGGAGCGGCACGGGGAGGGCGCGAGCGACAAGAGCAAGAGGGUUUCCCAGGAUUAUCCGAGAGAAUUACCGGACGAACCGCCCGGAAGAGCCGCGGUGCGAAUCAACCGCGAGACCCGCUGCGGUCAUGUCUGAGGAGGCGGUGCGGCGGACGCGCAGUCAGAAGCGCGCGCUGGAGAGGGAGUCUCUGCCCGCGGACAGCAAGCGUCUGAAGCUGGAUGGUGUCGAGCGGUCCAGAGCGCUUCAGGCCUCCAGCAUCCUGAGCGGCGGAGAGGUGAAGGCCACCAUCAAAGUGGAGGUCCAGACGAGGGACGAGCCCAUGGACGUGAGCGCCGGCAACACUGAGAUGAAGAGAGAGAGGAGGUCUCCGUCGCCUGAUGAUGUCAUCGUGCUGUCGGACGAGGCGCCCAGUCCGAAGGUGAACGGCGGGAAUCACUUAAAAGAGCUGGACACGGAUCUGCUGAUGAGGAGUUCUGCAGAGGAGCGCAAGCGUGUCGUUAAGCAGCUGAAGGAGGAGCUGCGCUUAGAGGAAGCCAAACUGAUCCUGCUGAAGAAAAUCAGACACAGUCAAAUACACAAAGACUCACAGAAGCCGGCGGUUUCUGUGUCCAACACUCCUCUGGUGAAGAGCUCUGCUACUGCUAAAGCUGCACAACCUCAGGUGGUUUCCGCUCGGGCUUCUGGGACGGUGAUUCCUCCUCCGCUGGUGCGCGGCGGUCAGGUGUCCAAACCGGGCUCUGCGAGCGCUCAGAUCAUCAUGCCUCCGCUGGUCAGAGGAGCUCAGUCGAUCUCCGUGUCGCCGCAGCAGAUCUCCAGCCUGAGACAGCAGCAGAACUCCACGUCAGGUCCUCCUCCGCUCCUGCUCGCGCCCAGAGCCACCGUGACCGGCGUCCAGGGACACAAGAUCAUCCAGCCCGGCCUCAUACGCAUGGCCACCAUCCCCAGCGCCAGCCUGCUGGUCAGCAUCAAUCAGGCCGCAGGAGCAAACCUCAAGUCCUCCAGCGCCGCGUCGAACGCUAGCGAAUCUCCGGCCAGCCGUCAGGCGGCGGCGAAACUGGCGCUGCGCAAACAGCUGGAGAAAGCGCUGCUGGAGAUCCCGCCGCCCAAACCGCCCGCGCCCGAGUUCAACUUCCUGCCGUCGGCUGCCAAUAACGAGUUCAUCUACCUGCUGGGGCUGGAGGAGGUGGUGCAGAACCUGCUGGAGUCUCUGGGCCGAGGUAAACAGGGUCUGUACGCCGGUUUAGUGGUCAGCGCCGGAGAGCCGUCCUGCUGCUCUCAGUGUAAGACGGACUUCACCUGCCGCUGGCGCAAAGACAAGGGCGGAGCCACGAUGUGUGAGCAGUGCAUGUCGUCCAAUCACAAGAAGGUCCUGAAGGCCGAGCACACCAAUCGGCUGAAGGCGGCGUUCGUGAAGGCGCUCCAGCAGGAGCAGGAGAUUGAGCAGCGCAUCCUGCAGCAGGCCACGCCCCCUGCCUCUUCAUCAUCAUCCUCCUCCUCCUCUGCUCACGGGGUGAAACAGCGCUCGCUGCAGCAGACGAUGAGCCGCCACCCUGCAGCCAUCAAACAGGUUUCUCCGUCGUCCCGUAGCGUGCAGCAGUCUGCGGCCGGGAUACGCGCCGUCCCGCACUCCUUCUCGCCCUCCUCUCAACUGCAGAACGCAGUGGCGGCCGCCGCACUGGUCAACAGGCCAGGUAAGCAUGCAGUGCAUCAGGGGUCAAAGGUCAGCAGAGGCAGCAGCAGGAGCGCCGACCCCAUGACCUCCUCCGGCUGGAGGAAGCGGAGCCGCGGCGCAGCAGGUGUGACGAUGGCCUACGUGAACCCCAGCCUGUCGGUGCACAAGACGUCGUCGUCAGCGGUGGAGCGUCACAGAGAGUAUCUGCUCGACAUGAUCCCGUCUCGCUCCGUCUCACAGCCCGCAAACACCUGGAAGUAAGGAAGUGAGGCUCUGGGAUUCACGCCGGAGCGCUGAGCCGCUUCUCCAGGUUUAUUCAUCCAAGGGCUCUUCACUCUCACGGGUGAGUUUGUACUGAACCGGAUCCGGAUCACUUCUGCUCCCGCGAAUAUAAAAGACUCUUUCAGAACAAGAGGAAAAGACUGAAAACAAACCAAAAACAUCACGGAACAAACUGAUGGAUGCAAACGAGGCGCGUUCAGGGUUUGUGUUUGUGUGUGUGUUUAUUUUUUAUUUAGAUUUCUUUGACUGUUAAAUUAUACGAGUGUGUUGAAGGAUGUUUGUCGUCACACGUUUGACCCAAACACGCAUUUGUUUUAAUUGUCGCAACUCAUAGUUUGUCUAAAUUAAUUAGUUUUCCGAGUUUUGAGUCAGUUGAAGUUUCACACAUUUGUUCAUAUUUUUGCAGUCAGUAAGGAUUAUAUUGUGGAUUCGCUCUCUAUAUAUAUGAAUAUAAAUAUUAAACAGUUGCUUCAAAUAGUUUCUGAGAUGAUUCCAUUAAUAACUGCUUUAAUUAAAAGAUCAUUGGUAUCCUCAGAUUAUUAUUUGAUGAGCUGCUCAUUUUGUUUAAAGCAUCUGAGACGCAUUUAACAUCUAAUGAUGAUGAUUAUGAUGAAGAAUGUCCAGCUCUGAUUGGUUAAUCUGUGCACUCUAAACCUCAAGCAUUAUUCCUAUAGGCCCGUGAGGUUUAGGUUUAAAUAUUCAUGAUGUUCCCGCCCACUGAACGGAUGAUGUCACCAAAGCGUUUGUCAUUUUGUUUUGUUUUCAGGGUUACGAACAGACACAGAGUGACGCAUUUCCUGCAACAUGUACAAAGUUACAGUUUGUUAGAUUGAUCUUUGUUCCUGUAAUAAAAAGUUUAACCCUU